CUCGCGCCGUUUCACCGCGGUAUGCCCGUGCCGGUAGCGGGCGGCGCGAAGGGAAGCGGCGUCUCCCGGCGCCGGUUGGCCGCGAGGAGCGUUUGCUGACCGAAACCGCCGGUGCCGAUCGCGCGGCGGACAGCGGUGUCGGAGGGAGCAUGCAGGGGUAGGUCCGGCCGCAGCCCCUCGCACCGCCCCUCGCCCGACCUCGGCGCUCGCGGCGGAGCUGGCUUCGGGCGGCCCGAAGAUGUUCAGCUGGCUGGGCACCGACGACCGCCGGAGGAAGGACCCCGAGGUGUUCCAGACGGUCAGCGAGGGUCUGAAGAAGCUCUACAAAACCAAACUGCUGCCCCUGGAGGAGCACUACAAGUUCCACGAGUUCCACUCGCCCGCCCUGGAGGAUGCCGACUUCGACAACAAGCCCAUGGUGCUGCUGGUGGGGCAGUACUCCACCGGGAAGACCACCUUCAUCAGGUACCUGCUGGAGCAGGAUUUCCCGGGAAUGAGGAUUGGACCAGAGCCUACAACUGACUCCUUUAUAGCUGUGAUGCAAGGAGAUGUGGAAGGAAUUGUUCCUGGAAAUGCACUGGUGGUGGAUCCCAAAAAACCAUUCAGGAAACUUAAUGCCUUUGGCAAUGCUUUUUUGAACAGGUUUGUAUGUGCCCAGCUACCUAAUCCUGUAUUAGAGAGCAUCAGUGUCAUUGAUACACCAGGAAUCCUUUCUGGAGAAAAGCAGAGAAUUAGCAGAGGUUAUGACUUUGCUGCUGUGUUGGAGUGGUUUGCAGAGCGGGUUGACCGCAUCAUUCUCCUUUUUGAUGCGCACAAGCUGGACAUCUCUGAUGAAUUCUCAGAGGUCAUCAAGGCCCUGAAGAACCACGAGGACAAGAUGAGAGUUGUUCUCAACAAAGCUGACCAGAUAGAGACCCAGCAACUGAUGAGGGUGUACGGUGCUCUCAUGUGGUCCCUGGGAAAGAUUGUCAACACACCGGAGGUCAUCAGAGUCUAUAUUGGCUCCUUCUGGUCCCAUCCGUUGCUCAUCCCUGAUAACCGCAAGUUGUUUGAGGCAGAGGAGCAGGACCUGUUCAGGGAUAUCCAGAGCCUCCCCCGCAACGCAGCCCUAAGGAAGCUGAACGAUCUUAUCAAGCGGGCACGGCUGGCCAAGGUCCAUGCCUACAUCAUCAGUUCCUUAAAGAAGGAAAUGCCUUCAGUGUUUGGGAAAGACAAUAAAAAGAAAGAGCUUAUUAACAACUUGGGAGAGAUUUAUGCCCGCAUUGAACGAGAGCAUCAGAUCUCACCAGGAGACUUCCCUAAUCUGAGAAAGAUGCAGGAUCAGUUGCAGGCCCAGGAUUUUAGCAAGUUCCAGCCUCUGAAGAGCAAGCUGCUGGAGACUGUGGAAGACAUGCUGGCUAAUGACAUCGCCCAGCUCAUGGUGCUUGUACGCCAGGAGGAGUCACAGCGGCCUACCCAGAUGGUGAAGGGAGGAGCCUUCGAGGGCACCCUGCAUGGUCCAUUUGGCCACGGCUAUGGUGAAGGCGCUGGCGAAGGGAUCGAUGAUGCUGAGUGGGUGGUGGCCAGAGACAAGCCCAUGUAUGAUGAGAUCUUCUACACACUGUCACCUGUCGAUGGUAAAAUAACUGGUGCCAAUGCAAAGAAGGAGAUGGUAAGGUCUAAGUUGCCUAACACAGUGCUGGGCAAGAUCUGGAAACUGGCUGACAUCGACAAAGAUGGCAUGCUGGAUGAUGAGGAGUUUGCCUUGGCAAAUCAUCUCAUUAAAGUCAAGUUGGAGGGUCACGAGCUGCCAAACGAGCUCCCUUCCCAUCUCCUCCCUCCAUCCAAAAGGAAAAUAACAGAAUGAAAGGAAGGUUACAGGGGACAGGGAAAUGGAGAGGAGAAGGAUCUAGAGAAAUGUUUACUUAAAUUAUACCUUUAGAUGUGAGAUUGCCUUUCAAUGUAUACCUAUUCUGCUGUAUGAAGAAAAAAAACUAAAGCAGAGCAGAAGUCCAAAUCUUCAUGAUAAUAUGCAAUUAAUUCUUCCAGUGUAAUGUCCCCGUUUUCUCAUGUGUAGUCUGUAAACAUGGAGGUAAAGAAAAGAUCUUGAGAUUAGAAGAAAUUGAGUAGCAAAAAUGGAAGGAAAACUCAAGAGGGCUGCAUCUUCUCAGAGAAAGCACUAAUAGAAACCUGCUAGCUACUGGUGCCACUCCUGAGCUUUGGCCACACAUUGUGGUCUUUACUGGUUUUGCAAACCUCAGGAGGCUGAGAUUCCUGACAGUGAAGAAGAAAGAUCUCCAAGCUGUUGACCAAAUUAAGGAAUACCUCCUAAUAAUAAGAAAUACCAAAUUCUAAGUCCCUCGGUUAAAAAGUUUUAGGAAUCUGAUUCAUUGUUAGAUGCAAGUCCUUAAAAUAACAAUAAAAAAAAAAAAACAGCUCUGAACUGUG